UGAACGCUUUAUCGAUUCAGAUCGUUGCUCACUUAACUCAGAUUGAUUGUUUAUAUUUACGAAAACAAGGAAAGGAAUUGCUUACGAAAUCGAUUUCAUUAAUUUAAAGCGAAGUUAAAGAAGUAAGCUACGAACUGCAUAGAACUGGCAUUCGUAACAUAUGGAAAUUAGGCUUGUAGGCAUAUACUGCACGGUGUAUGUGAUUGUGCACAGCAUGGAUAUAAUCAAAGUAGAAUGUGAUCCUGACAUUGAAGCACAUGCAGUGUCUCUAGGUGGUAAAAGUCUGAAGCAAAAUGUGAAAGAAGAACUGUCAGAAGACCCAGUCUCCAUCUCUACGCAAAAGAGUGAGCAUAAUACAAAUGAAACCAAAGCGGAUCCUCAUGCAGAUAUUGAUGAGCCAUGUAAAAUGAAGGAAAAUUCUCUUGAAGAACCAACAGGAGGCACAGAUCAGGAAGAUCCUCUUGGAGAAUCCACAAGGGGUGUGAAUGAGGAAGACACAAAGAUACAGCCUUGGUGCUUUGUAGCAGUCAAGGAAGAGGUGAAAGAUGAAGAAUCAAAUGAUGGAGCAGUGGAAGAUCAUGACAUAUGUCAGGACAGUGAUACUCUGAAAACACAAGCAGACAAAGUGGAGGACGAAGAGAAACCUCAUAAAUGUAAGGUGUGUGGAAAGAGAUACAGAAAAUUGCUUUACCUUAAGGAGCAUAUGCGUGUCCACACAGGAGACCGUCCAUUUAAAUGUGAUGUUUGUAAGAAGGAAUUUACCCAGUGCAGCCUUUUGAAGACGCAUAUGCGAGUGCACACAGGAGAGAAGCCAUUCAAGUGUGAAGUGUGCAAUGCCAGAUUUGCGCAACGCAGCAACCUUUGGAAACAUUCUCGCACUCACUCAGGCGAGAAGCCAUAUAAAUGUGAUGUUUGUAGUAAAGAAUUUGCAGGAAAUUGGCAACUUAAACAUCAUUCUCGUAUUCACAGUGGAGUGAAACCAUAUAAAUGUGAAAUAUGCAAUAAACAAUUUUCUCAUGGCAGUAACCUCAGUCGACAUUCCAGUAUCCACAGAACAGUAAGCCUGCAACACUUCUCAAAUUAUGGAGAGGUUAUUCCUGCUGGCAGUAUUUCAACGCAAAAUGAAAAUGUGUGCAGAAUUUGUGGUGGUGUAACCAAGAUCACAAGUGAGACAGGACUCAAAUCAUCAGUUUGUAUGAAGUGUGGGGAUGCGAGAAAAGAUAUUGGAGACAAAAACAAUGAAAAUGAUGAUAAAUAUUCCCAAAACAAAAUCCAUGUGUGUGGUGUAUGUGGUAAUACAUAUAAGAAUGCUCGCCAUCUGAGGGAACAUUCCCGUAUACACAAAGGACCCAGACCCUUUAAGUGUGAUGUAUGUGGUAAAGAAUUUUAUCAGAGUGGAAGUCUGAAGACACAUGUGCGUGUACACACGGGAGAGAAGCCAUAUAAGUGCGACGUUUGUGGCAGGCAAUUUGCUCAGAGUGGCCAGCUUGCAUGUCAUGCACGCACUCAUACUGGCGAGAAACCUUAUGAAUGUAUUGUAUGUAACCGGCAGUUUGCACAGAAAGCGCAGUUGAGAUCACAUUAUCGCACACAUACUGGAGAACGGCCUUAUGAAUGUGACGUUUGUGGUAAAAGAUUCACUUUGCCUGGGGUAUUGAAGUUCCACAUGCGAAUACACACCGGAGAAAAACCUUAUAAGUGUGAAGUUUGUAAGAAAGACUUUACAACUAGUUGUGCUCUUAAAACUCAUACACGUAUCCACAGUAAAGAGAAACCGUACAAAUGUGAGGUAUGUGGCAAACAGUUUGCUCAGAGAGCGCAACUUGUAUGCCAUUCACGCACUCAUACGGGUGAGAAACCGUAUGAAUGUACCGUAUGUGGAAAGAGGUUUGCUCAGGUAGGAAUGCUUCGUGACCAUGGUCGUAUCCAUACGGGAGAGAAACCUUAUAAAUGUGAAAUUUGUAAUCACAGGUUUUCGCAACAUGCAAAUUUUAUAAGACAUUCACGCACCCAUAAGGCCUUGGACCAGAUAGAAGUGGACUGGAUCCAGAUAUUGAGAUGUAUAUUAACCAGUAUGAGUAACACUACUUUAAAGCGCAGUAUGGAUUUAGUCAAAGUGGAACUGGAUUCUGAUAGUGAAUCUCAGCCGGAGACUUCAUCCACUGAAGCACGGGAGACCGACUUGAAGCAGGAAAAGCCUCCUGCGCCGUUCGCAUUUGUUGCUGUGACAGAAGUGGCCAACAUGUAUAAAAUGGAGUAUGAAGCAUAUUCUGAGUCCCAUUCAGUGCCUUCAGUAAAAGUGACUGUAGGAAAGGUUGAAGCUUAUGAUGAGUCAUCAGAUUCUACAACAGACAGUGAAGAAAUUAAGGAGGACGUAGUAAUGAAAGGUCAUGUACCUGUAAACAGUGGUGACAACCAGUCAGGGAUCCAAGCUGAAGAGAUUCGUUCUAGAGAUGGAAAAGAGACAAACUGCAACACAGAGGCAAAGCAAUUUAAAUGUGAUGUGUGUGACAUGGCAUUUCUUCAAAAUCAAAAUCUAAAAAGACAUUAUCGUACUCACACAGGUGAAAAACCCUACAGAUGUAGUAUUUGUAAUAUGUUUUUCUCCCAGAGUCAGAACUUGAAGCGACAUUAUGCUACACACUCGCGGGAGAAACCAUUCAGGUGUGAUGUUUGUGAAAAGUUGUUUUCGGAUUCUCUGAAGCUGAAAUUACAUUAUCGUAUACAUACUGGAGAGAAACCUUACAAGUGUGAUGUAUGUAGUAAAGAAUUUUCAUAUAGUUUGAAUUUUAAUAGACAUUAUCGGGUUCACACUGGAGAAAAGCCAUAUGAGUGUAAGAUAUGCAAGAGACAGUUUUCACAGAGUAGAAAUCUGAAGGUUCAUAUUCGCAUUCAUACUGGUGAGAGGCCUUAUAAAUGUGAACUAUGUAGCAAGAGGUUCAACACGCGUGGUAAUUUGAAGAUCCACCAUAGAACACACACUGGUGAAAAGCCAUUCGGUUGUGAAUUAUGUAAAAGGAAGUUUGCAGCAGUUGCACAUGUGAAGAACCAUUAUCGGAAGCACAUGGUAUGAAUUCCAUAUUUUAUAUUGUUAUAACAUUGUUCUUACAUUUACAUUUCAUGAGUAUAUGUUGGUGCAUUUGUGUUGAAAUAUAAGAAUUGUCUUACUGUAAAGAUGUGGGCAGUAGAUUCCCCCCAAACACUGAAACCCAUCUAUAGACAUACAUAGCAUCAAAUUUAAGGAGACUAUUCAUAAUCACCACUGUGAUAGUAUCAGGACUAGUAAAUGUUGAAACCUGACAAGUAGUCUUUUCUGACAUGAGAUGUUUUGUUGUCUAAUGGAAGCUGAUUGAUGUUUUGGAGGAAUAUGUUUCCUUCAUGUUCAAGGUUACAAAACAAGUAAAGUUGUCCCUUUGCUUAACUAAUUAAGCACUAUGCCAUGGAGGCAUAUGGGGGAAUGGAUGUAUAGAUUCAAAUUUGUUUGACUGUAGCACUAACUGGAGCUGAGUGGUCAGCUUCAUGACCCAACCGCUGAGAAGUAAGUCAAGUAAGAACUAAGCAAAGCAAUUUACACAUAGAAGACAGUAAAGGUCAUAGUGAUAACCUUAAAUCUGGCAUGUUUGAACUUGUUUGUGCAGUUUGUGUAUUAAUUGUAUCUAUUCUUCAUGGUGUUUCAUGACUUAUGAGAGACAUUUUGAAUACAAACAUUCUGGAUAUAUAAGGAAACAUCAUUUGUUGACUGUGUUGUUCUCUUUUCAUCAACUCUAAUAGACUUGAAUGAAAAGUUACAUCUGGAAAACAUCCUCUCUGUACAUUAAUUUGAAUAGUAUGGAUAAAAUGUGAUACAUGCUGAUUUGCAUCAGUGAAUACAACCCAUUCUGUCAGUUUCCUGUACUGCAGAAGUAUACAGUUGAAUGUAGUAUACAUACUGAAUUAUGCUUCUUUGCAUGAUACUUGAACACUUGUCAAUACAUUAUAUGAUGAAAUGAAUACUA